GUCAAUCCUUGCGGGUGCUUUUAUUGGAUGUGCCGCUGUCAAGCAGUGCUGAAGAAUUGGAAGGGCAAACGCCAGAAAAGGCAGAGAAAAGACUAACAUAAAAUCAGCAUUAUGUAGCUCGGUCCUGCCUUAUCUUCGCUCUGUUUCACCGUGAAUCAUCCUGCCGUGCCAGAUUUCAGAUCCGAAACUUGUGGACACGGAUCGGUCUUGUUUUUUUUUUUUUUUUUUUGUGUCUUUUUUUUUUUUUGUGAAGAUUCUGUGUGUAUCAAGCGGUUGCAUUCUCCAGAGGUGGUACAUGGUAUCUGACAACCUCUACAUCCUUUUAUUGCUACAAGAAUGAGAGAAAACCGUGGAGCCCGGUGACAGUGUAGCCAGCUGCACCCGGGUUUGGACCUCCUAUAUCAGGCGGAUCAUCCUCAACCGGGCAGCGGAUGCCUGAAUGGAUAUUUGCGAGCCAUCCAGCAAGAUUUCCCCGUUUCCUAAAUUGGUGAAUGUGUGCUGAUGGAAGGAGUGUUCUGUCGGACUACAUUAUGGCUUUAUGUUUUACGGAGGGUGUUUGACAUCGGAGCGACUGGCUAGAAUAACACCCUGCAGUGUGAAUAUUUCAGCCUGUUGAUGAUGAACCGCGCAGGACUGGAGCAAAGUGUCGUGAGAACCGGUUUAUGGCCCGUGUCUUGAGCUGAAGUGGACAUCCAGAUUGUUUGAGAGAGACACAAAUAGAGGAAAAAGCGUCAUUUUUGAUGGCUCCGGGGUGUGGGAGGACGACUACACAUGAAACAUUGGACACCCAUAAUGGAUAAAACUAUUGCAUGAAGCUGGCGUGGGGACUGCAUGGUGUGUUUUUCAGGCCUAGCCUACUUGAUAACAGUGAAGUUAGGGGGAAAUGAGAAAAUGGUGAUGUGGUACGAAGAAGGCGAGAAUAGGAGCCGGAGUGAGGGAUCCAAAUCGUCCAUGGGGAUCUGAGGAGCCCAGCUGAAGAAUAACGGAAUCCAAGUUUUCGAGGACAAGACAGCUGCUUUGAUUAAAGACCUCCAAUUAACUUCAUGUGAAAAAGAGAGGGAGGAAAUCAGCUUCCUGGUCGGGGGGUUGGGGAUAGAGAGAUUUUAUUCAUGCCUUGUGUUGGAGAAAUUGGAGAACCGACUUUGCUGUGGCCUAGAUGAUACAUAUAUAUAUGUAUUUAUAUAUAUUUAACAAAAAGACAGACCUUAGAAGGAAAAGUGGACCUUCAAAAAAGGGCGAAUGACACUCUGGUAGCCUCAAAGUAAAGCACUUGCUCAAAGAGAAAAAGGCUGAAGUGGGUUGAAGCAUGGGCUGUGCUUCAAGUAUUCAUAUCUCUGAUAGGGUGGUCUACCAAAGUGGAAAAGAGUCCGAGGAUUCCCACUCACCCCAGCAGACUAAUACCACUCAGCAAGGAAAUCCUGCCUCGGCACUACCCCUAAAACCCCAGAGCUGCAAGACCACAUUAACAGAGGUGCAAUUUGGACCAAUGAAGUUAUUUAAAGACCCACUUCAGGUACUUUUAGUUUUUGCCAAAGAGGACAGUCAGAGUAAUGGCUUCUGCUGGGCAUGUGAGAAGGCCAACUUCAGGUGCAGCAUGGCACGAACACCCGAGUCGGCUCUUGAAUGUUUCUUGGAGAAGCAUCAUGACCUCGUCAUCAUUGACCACAGACAUUCCAGACACUUUGAUGCUGAAGCACUAUGCCGGUCAAUUAGAGCGGUCAACUCUUCAGAAAACACUGUGAUAGUCGCCGUUGUGAAAAGGCCAGACAGAGAGGAAGCCUCUGUGAUGCCCCUGAUCAACGCCGGCUUUAAUAGGAGAUAUGUGGAGAAUGCCAAUAUGAUGGCCUGCUAUAACGAGCUGCUACAGUUGGAGCAUGGAGAGGUGCGGGCGCAGUUCAAACUGAGGGCUGGAAAUGCUAUUUUCACAGCUCUAGAACAAAGCCAAGAGGCCAUAGAGAUCACUUCUGAAGAUCAAGUAAUUCAGUACGUGAACCCUGCCUAUGAGUCGAUUAUGGGCUACCAACGAGGCGAGCUAAUAGGGAAGGAAAUAAUAGAAGUGCCUAAAAGUGAGAAGAAUAAGCCUGAUCUCCUUGAAACAAUAAAUUCCUGCAUACGGAAAGGAAAGGAGUGGCAGGGGAUUUAUUAUGCCAAAAAGAAGAACGGAGACAGCAUUCAGCAAAAUGUGAAGAUCACACCUGUAAUUGGACAGGGAGGAAAAAUCAGACACUAUGUGUCUAUCAACUGGCCUUUACAUGAUAAUAAUAAGAGCGAUAAAUCCACUGAACGUGUGCAGGCAGAGUCUCAGACAGACAUCCAAUCUAGUAAGCACAAAGACCGGAGGAAAGGCUCUUUGGACGUCAGAUCCACAACUUCUCGGGGGAGCGAUGGGAGCUCGCAGCGAAGGCACUCCUCAAUGGCCCGAAUCCACUCCAUGACUAUAGAGGCUCCCAUCACCAAGGUAAUCAACAUCAUCAAUGCAGCGCAGGAGAGCAGUCCAAUGCCCGUGGCAGAGGCCUUGGAUCGGGUACUGGAGAUCCUGAGGACGACUGAGCUCUACUCCCCACAGUUUGGCACCAAUGAUGAGGACCCCCAUACGAAUGACCUUGUGGGGGGGCUGAUGACGGAUGGCCUACGCAGAUUGUCAGGAAAUGAAUACAUCUUGGCCUCGAAACAGCCCCACCAUAUGCCCAGUCACCUGACAACCCCUCUGACUUUAAAUGACAUCCCCCCUCGUAUCGCCCAGACCAUGGAGAACGAGGAAUCUUGGGACUUCGACAUUGUGAACUUGGAAGCUGCAACCAUGAAACGGCCUUUGACUUACUUGGGCAUGAAGAUCUUCUCCAGAUUUGGGGUCUGCGAGUACCUUAACUGCCCUGAGGCCACUUUGCGCUCCUGGCUUCAAGUAGUUGAAGCUAACUACCACUCCAGUAACUCCUACCACAACUCUUCUCAUGCAGCUGAUGUCCUGCACGCAACAGCGUAUUUCCUCUCCAAGGAGAGGGUCAAGCAAAGUUUGGAUCCCAUUGACGAGGUGGCCGCCCUCAUUGCUGCGACUGUUCACGACGUGGACCACCCAGGCCGCACCAACAGCUUCCUGUGUAAUGCAGGAAGUGAACUGGCCAUCCUCUACAACGACACCGCUGUGCUAGAGAGCCACCAUGCAGCACUGGCCUUCCAGAUCACUACGAGAGAUGAUAAGUGCAACAUCUUCAAAAACAUUGAAAGGAAUGAAUAUCGAACGCUAAGACAGGCCAUCAUUGAUAUGGUGCUCGCAACUGAGAUGACCAAACACUUUGAACAUGUCAACAAAUUUGUCAACAGCAUCAACAAGCCACUGGCUGCUCUGGAGGAGAAUGGGGGAAGCAGCGAUGAGGACUCCGCCAAAAGCAUUCUGACGUCCCCCGAGAAUCGCAUCCUCGUCAAGCGGAUGCUCAUUAAGUGUGCGGACAUCUCCAAUCCAUGCAGGCCUCAGGAGCUCUGUAUAGAAUGGGCCGGACGCAUCUCAGAGGAGUAUUUUGCACAGACGGACGAGGAGAAGAGACAAGGUCUACCAGUGGUUAUGCCUGUGUUUGACAGAAACACGUGUAGCAUCCCAAAGUCUCAGAUUUCCUUUAUGGACUACUUCAUUACGGACAUGUUUGACGCAUGGGAUGCUUUUGCAGACCUUCCCAACCUUAUGCAGCACUUGGACAACAACUUCAAGUACUGGAAAGGCCUUGAUGAGAGGAAGCUGCACAGCCUGCGACCGCCUCCAGAGUAGGCGCUGCAGUGUUGGGUCCUGGGACUCUGCGGUCCGGGGCAGCCUCUCUCCUGCCAGGGCGUCUCUCUCCCUGCCAGCCCAGCCAGCCACCGGGCCUCCUUGCCUUCACUCUUCUGCUUCUGUAGCAUGCUGAGCGUCCACAAGUCCGUCCAUACAGAAACCACAGAAGGACUUCCUGGCAGGCAGUUGCAGCUGGCUUGUCAGAUGAGAACUGUGACAAACAGACACGGACACACAGCAUCCUUAUGAACUCCUCGUGCCUCUCAGGCAUCCGCAGUGUAGCUGGCCAAGUGACACGACUGAGAGAUGGUCCUAACAGGCCUCCUGGCAAAGCCUCCAUCCCUUAUUUACUACAUGAGCACUCCUGUCUGCCUGUGAAGUUGCUGUUUGAGUAAAAACUACUUGUUAACUGAAGGAGCAAGCAACACUGGAGGAGUGGGUGAAAUGUGGCCUGGAUAUGAAGGUGACCAAUCCACAUCAGGCCAUAUCAUAAUUACCUUUGACCUCCAUCCCUGUGCUCGCAGCAAGGCAGGACUGCUCCUUCUGCCCCCAGAGGCCACACCAUGAAAGAACACUCCACUGCUUCUUUUUUUUGUCCUUCAGAAACACAUCCAAGUUGACACAUAGCUGUCAUAACAGACAUGUGGGAGGGGAUGCUUUCUCUUUGGGUCAGGGAGUGGAUCUUUACUUUAGGCCACUGCUGAGAGACAAACACCUCAACAUCAUGAUCAUAGGUAACUAAUUACACAUGAUUUGGUAUGUUCAUUUUCUUAGUUUUUCCUUAUUUUCUAUAAUAAAAACAUUCAUAAAUGAAUGAGUUGAUAAGUAAGAACAAAUUGAAUUUCGAAAAGAGAGAGAAAAGCCAAAGCUGAUGAAGACAAAUAAUAUAGCUAAUUAUUACUCAUACAAAGCAUUACCAUAAUAAACAUGUUUAUUUUCUUAUCAAAAGUACAGUACCAGUUUGAAUGAACACUUUUGUAUUGCACUGUAAACAAUAUUAGAAAUGUCUACGUCUCAGUAAUUUGUCCAGGGAUGGGAUUGUGUGUGUGUGUGUGUGUGUGUGUGUGUGUGUGUGUGUGUGUGUGUGUGUGUGUGUGUGUGUGU